AGGUUCAAGUAAAGCUCAUUGAGCCCCCCUCCCCCCCCCAGUCAAGGUGGGAGAACAGCGCUGUUAAAUCGCCACAAUUUCAAGCGGAACCACGUAGCUGCGUGCCCCUUUUUUUUUCUUUUCCACACGGAGCACCCUCUCGCCGGGACCGUAAAUACACCACCGUCGCAGCUUGUUUCCUGCGGUCCGGGGCAGCAGAGAGAGGAAACGAUGGAGAUUUAACAGAGUGCACCGCCGCCUUCAAUGACACCCGUCGGUGCUUCGACUUGACGUGAAAAGCAGAGCCGUGAAGUGAGCGGAGAAGUGCGAACAGUUCGAGGGAUGGAUUCGUGUCGGCGGACGGGACUCAGCGGGGUGCUGUGCUCCCUGUCACUGCUCUGUGUCAUCCUCGACAUCCAGUUGGACGGGGUCUUGGGGGCGACCCAUGUUGAGAUCGAGCACCACUUGGAGAUGGGCCGCAAACUUUUGGCCGCCGGUCAGCUGGCUGAAGCCUUGUCCCACUACCACUCUGCUGUGGAGGGAGACUCUAAGAAUUACCUGACCUACUACAAGCGCGCUGCUGUGUUCCUGGCGAUGGGAAAAUCCAAAUCCGCCCUGCCAGACCUGACCAGAGCCAUCCAGCUGAAGCCUGACUUCCUGGCUGCCAGGUUGCAGAGAGGAAAUAUCCUGUUAAAGCAGGGCAACACGCAAGAAGCCAGAGAGGACUUUGAAGCAGUGCUGCAGCGCUCCUCAGACCACGAAGAAGCUCAGGACCAGCUGAUGAGAGCCAACGAGCUGGAAGAGCUGCAGGAGGAGGCCAAUGCUGCGUACCACCAAGGGGAUUAUAGCACUACCAUCAGCGUGCUAGAGAGAGUCAUUGAGAUCUCUCCUUGGGAUCCUGAGUCGCGGGAGCUUCGUGCAGAAUGUUACAUCCGAAUGGGGGAUCCGCAGAAAGCCAUCCAGGAUCUGACGCCGACCACGAGGCUACGCAACGACAACCGCGCCGCCUUCCUGAAGCUCAGCAUGCUGCAUUACAGCCUCGGAGAACACCACGAGUCACUCAAUCACAUCCGAGAGUGUCUGAAGCUCGACCAGGAUGACAAAGAGUGUUUCAGCCACUACAAGCAGGUGAAAAAGCUCAGCAAGCAGCUGGACUCAGCAGAAGAGCUAAUUCACAUGGAGAGGUAUCAGGAGGCCAUCGAUAAGUAUGAAUCAGUGAUGAAGACAGAGCCGAAUGUCCCGUACUACACCAACCUGGCCAAAGAGAGGAUCUGCUUCUGCUUUGUCAAGGUGAAGUUGGCUCAUGCGGCGAUAGACGUUUGUUCAGAAGCUCACCAGAGAGACCCCCGAAACGCCAACAUUCUCCGAGACCGAGCUGAGGCUUACAUCAUGAACCAGGACUACGAGAGAGCUGUGGAGGACUACCAAGAGGCAAGAGAGUUUGACGACAACCAGGAUAUCAGAGAAGGGCUGGAACGAGCACAGAAACUGCUCAAAAUCUCUCGCAAGAGGGACUACUACAAGAUCCUCGGCGUCAGCAGGAACGCAAAUAAGCAGGAGAUCAUCAAGGCGUACAGGAAGCUGGCGCAGCAGUGGCACCCGGACAACUUCCAGUCUGAGACUGAGAAGAAAGAAGCGGAAAAGAAGUUUAUCGACAUUGCGUCGGCUAAAGAGGUCCUCACUGACGCAGAAAUGAGGCAGAAGUUUGACGCAGGAGAGGAUCCCCUGGACCCCGAAAACCAGCAAGGGGGAGGCGGAGGACAGGGCUGGCCUUUUGGGCACUUCGACCCCUUUCAGUCUGGCGGCAGCUUCCACUUCAAGUUCCACCAAAACUAGAGAGGAGGACUUGAGGGACACGAGUGUGGGGUGUGGGGGGUGGGGGGGAUUUUGGGGAAAGAUCAAUCGCGGAUUCAUGAAGAAGUCUUCCUCAGAACUUGUGCUUCAGUUUGGACACUGUUUUUGUCGGUUACUUGAACCUUUGAUUUUUUUAAUGCAGCGGAGGGUUUGAGCUGUACAGUGAACCACAAAGCCUGCGGCGGCUAUCGAGUGAACUCGUCGCUGUGGUAGAACAAAAUGAAGUCCUGUGUCAACACUUCAGAUCCUUUUAAGAACGGAGAGGGUGGUGGUUGAAAGCAGUCGAUGUGGGACUUUUGGGUUGUCUGUUCUUACACUCAUUUCUUUCUUUGUGCCAAUCUUGGAACCUUUUUAUCAAGGAACUAUUUUUUUUUAAUUUUUUUUUUUUAAAUGCAGUAGCUCCUGUUUGGACGUUACAUAGGAGGACUGUCACGUGUGUUGGGUUUCAGCUCGCAGUAUUCUUUUAAAAAAAGGAAUUACACGUUUACUGAUCUCGGUCUAUAUUUUUUGACCAUGUCAAACUAGAGAACCUAGAUUUUUAUACACGACGACAUCAGGAGGCAUUUUGUCGAGCUUCGACAUUGAUGGUAAGUAGGUGAGACUUCAGCACUAUUAAAGGAAACUUGUGAGUGUUAAAAGUUUUGAAAUCCUAUGGAUCUCAAAUCAAUGCCAACGCUCUGUGAUUGUUUGAUUUUUGUUUUAACUUUUCAUUUUCUACAGCUAUAAUUGGAAGAUGUGUGAAUUCUGUAUUUGGGUGGAAAUAUUAUAUCUUAACAGGUUAUAUGUCCAGGUCCGAGCAUUAUGGAUGUACUGUAACUUAUAAUGCCAACCUCGUAAAUCUCCCAUAACAUGGUUGUCUAAAAAAAAAAAGAAAGAAAAAAAGUUAAAUAUUCUGGACUAAAGUCAAGAGUUGUAGUAUUUCACUCCUUUUGAAAACUUGCACUUUUACCCCUUUUUCUUUGAAAAAUCACUCCACGAGUUCUCCACUCCUGAAACGUUACUGCAGGCUUUUUAAAAGCCUUUCAAAGACUCUUUAAGAAACCAAGUGUGUCUUCAACGGUUAUCUGAGAGCCUCAUUUAUGAACAGGGUUUACAGGAAAGUGGAGCAGUACGUUAGUUACAAGUCGAGGGAACUCUCGCGACAUAUUGUCUGUAAUUUAUAAGCCAGUAUAUUUGACCAUAUUUGUGUAACAUGACGCACUGUGACAGUUUGAAAACUACACUAUUAAAGGUGCAGAUAAAAUCAAAAUGCAUCUUUGUAAAUGAGGCCUCAGUUUUACAGCCAGGAAAAAAAACACACGAGUUUUAAUCAUAAACUAAAAUGACAUUCUUUUGAGGAUUUGACUUUUUGAGCACAAACUUAAGUUAUUUGUCAAUAAUCGCAUCAGGAUACAGCGACUACAACGGCUUUGAAUCCAGCUACUGCUCGACUGUGUGAACCAAAUGUGACAAGCUCUUUGUAUUUAAAUCGACUGAGUGGGAAAGUUUUUGUUUCUGGGUUUUCUUUUAAGGGUUUUCUGCUGUUAGCGGCUUCAGUUUUACUGUCGCCAAACUGAAUCAGCUGACAUGCUCAAGUGUAUUAAAAUAUUGAAACAAUCA